CAAACUUGAAGCAGCCCUAACCAUGACAGAUGGGCUUGUUCGAUGAUUGUUCCCCCAGUCAAUGUAUGUAUGUGUGCAGGGGUGUCUGUCGGCUACGAGCAGGGAUGGAUGGAACGGGAAUAAGAGGGGGGGAACUAACCUAAGUGGCACACCUUCGAUCCUGUCGGCCUUCCUCCAACCUGCUCUCCCAUCGCCCAAGAGAGUCAAAUUCAAAUAGUCAUCCUCCAUCCUUCAUUCAGCCCUUCAGUCGGACCCAAUUUUGCCAUUUUCAAUUUCUUACUAACGCCGAAUUAUGGCUUCUGGUGUGAAAGUCUCGGAAGAGGUCAAACUAAAGUUCGACGAGGUGAAAAAGAAGAAGACUUAUCGGUAUGUGAUCUUCUUCAUCAAGGAGGAGAAGGCCAUCUCGGUUGAAAAGACCGGCGGGCGUGAUGCCACUUACGACGAAUUCCUGACGGAUUUGAUGGCGUGUGGUCCGGAGGAUUGCCGUUAUGGACUGUUCGAUUUCGAGUACGCCCAUCAAUGUGAGGGCACCACAGAAAAGACCAAGAAAGAGAAACUUCUACUCAUGUCAUGGUGUCCGGAUACGGCCAGGAUCAAGAAGAAAAUGUUGUAUUCCUCCAGUUUUGAUGCCCUCAAGAAGUGCUUAGUUGGGGUGCAAAAAUACAUUCAGGCCACGGACGAAGCUGAGGCAUCCCAAGAGGAAAUCGAAGCUAAAUUGCGAUCGACGGAUCGAGUAUGAAAUGGAAACCAAUCCCCCCUCCUUCAAAGUGAUCUUCCAUCAUGUCAUUCAACCUCCACAGCCAUCCGGGCUCUUUGCCGACGAUCAAACCGGGUGUGACGGAGGCUCGACAUCAUCUUGCCUAACCUAUUUUCGGUUUUUGUAUCUAUCUCUGUUGGAAGAAGAAAAGAAUUGUUGAAUAAAUUAAUACUCUUCAAGCCCA